CAAGCACGAGUAGCAGUGGCACAGUGGAUGCACAACCUCGUCCAGGCAGUCAGAAUGAAAACCAGGGAUUCACUGGGCCUAAACCCAUGCUGCCAUACAGUUCUAUGUUCAUCUUUGGUCCCACUAACCCCAUUCGUCGCUUCUGUCACUUUGUGGUGAACUUGCGCUACUUCGACCUGUUCAUCAUGAUUGUCAUCUGUGCCAGCUCCGUGGCUCUAGCAGCCGAGGAUCCCGUCAUCGAGGAUUCAUAUAGGAAUAAAAUACUCAACUACUUUGAUUAUGUUUUUACUGGGGUCUUCACCAUUGAACUGCUUCUAAAGAUUGUAGACUCGGGCAUUCUUCUUCACCCUGGUGCUUACAUGAGAGAUUUAUGGAACAUCCUGGAUGCAACAGUUGUUGUCUGUGCCCUGGUUGCUUUUGCUUUCCAUGACAGUGCCGGCAAGAACCUCAACACCAUCAAGUCACUUCGAGUGCUCAGGGUUCUAAGACCUCUGAAGACAAUCAACAGAGUGCCCAAGCUAAAGGCUGUGUUUGACUGCGUGGUCAACUCAUUGAAGAAUGUCUCCAACAUCCUCAUUGUCUACAUCCUCUUUCAAUUCAUCUUUGCCGUUAUUGCUGUCCAGCUGUUUAAAGGUCGUUUCUUCUACUGCACUGAUGAAUCAAAAUCUACAAGAGAUGAAUGUCAAGGCCAGUUCUUCAAGUAUGAAGGCAACUCGGACGACCCAACCGUCAAUGACAGGGAGUGGCUGAGACAAGACUUCCAUUAUGAUAACACCAUGAUGGCCAUGCUGACUUUAUUUACUGUCACCACUGGAGAAGGCUGGCCCAAUGUGUUGAAGAACUCAAUGGAUUCAACCUAUGAAGACCGAGGCCCAAAGCCAGUCUACCGUCUAGAGAUGUCACUCUUUUAUGUGGUCUUCUUCAUUGUCUUUCCUUUCUUCUUUGUGAACAUCUUCGUUGCCCUUAUCAUCAUCACAUUCCAAGAGCAGGGAGAGAAUGAACUCAUGGAUCAGGAGAUGGAUAAGAAUCAGAAACAGUGCAUUGACUUUGCCAUCAAUGCCAAGCCCCUGUGUCGGUUCAUGCCAAGCAACAAGAACUCCAUCAAGUACAGCAUCUGGAAACUGGUGCAGUCAUCCAAGUUUGAGUACUUCAUCAUGGUCCUGAUCACACUCAACACUGUGGUUCUGAUGAUGAAGUUUGACCCCAAUGAAAAGAACGCUGAGAACGAUUUUGGCACACAGCUGACAACCGUUAAUGCUGUCUUCACUGGCCUGUACACCCUUGAGUUUCUACUCAAGUUGUGCGCUUUUGGAAAGAAUUAUUUCUACGACCCUUGGAAUGUCUUUGACUUUGCCACAGUCAUUGGUAGCAUUAUUGAUGUGUUUAUCACAGAGUUUUCAAAACCAAAGUUUAGCAUUGUGUUUUUCCGACUGUUUCGGGCAGCAAGGUUGGUUAAGCUGCUGCGACAAGGGUAUACCAUCCGUCUGCUUUUGUGGACCUUCUUUCAAUCCUUCAAGGCCUUGCCAUAUGUGUGUCUGCUGAUCCUCAUGCUGUUCUUCAUCUACGCAAUCAUUGGCAUGCAGAUUUUUGGUAGCAUCAAACUGGACUCCAAGACGGCCAUCAACCGCCACAACAACUUCCGCACGUUCCCACAGUCACUGAUUUUGCUAUUCAGAUGUGCGACUGGAGAAGCCUGGCAACAAAUCAUGCUGUCCUGUCUGGCAUUUAAACAAUGUGACCCAGAGUCUAUUCGCCAUGAUGACCCACCAGACAUGGCCGACAGUGGCUGCGGCAGCAACUUUGCAUACAUCUACUUUGUUUCUUUCAUCUUCCUAUGUUCAUUCUUGAUGCUCAACCUGUUUGUGGCAGUCAUCAUGGACAACUUUGACUACUUAACUAGAGACUCCUCCAUCCUGGGACCCCAUCAUUUGGACGAGUACAUCCGUGUUUGGUCUAACUAUGACCCUGGUGCUACAGGAAGAAUCCACUACACCGACAUGUAUGAGAUGUUGAGAACCAUGGAGCCACCAGUGGGUUUUGGUAGAAAGUGUCCGUACAAACUGGCAUAUAGAAAACUGAUACGUAUGAACAUGCCAGUGGCAGACGAUGGGACAGUCCACUUUACUACUACUCUGUUUGCUCUGAUCAGGGAAUGUCUCAUUAUCAAGAUGGGACCUGCGGAAAUAAUGGACAGAAGAGAUAAUGAGUUGAGAGAGACGAUCAGAAAACUCUGGCCUGUUCAAGGGAAGAAGAUGAUGGAUCUGCUGAUGCCUCCAAAUGAUGAAUUAGACGAGGGUAAAAUGUCGGUGGGUAAAAUCUAUGCUGGCCUGUUGAUAGCAGAGAACUGGAAAGCCUAUAAAGCCAGUCAGAAUGCUUCUAACAACUUUAAGAUGAGGCCAUCUUUGUUCCGUAAACUCAUGGGCGGUGGUAUGAAAGGUUCAUCUGCCAGAUCGAGCCAGUCCCUGGACUCAGAGCAUUCAGAGGAGAAUGUGGAUGGCGGAGGCAGUGCUGGACAAAGCAUUGACAAGGGAGAUGAUUUGCCUCAACAUCGUACUUUCAGCUUCCUUCGGCGUAACAGCAGCAAGCGGCGACGAGCAGGCAAUGGCGGGGACAACUCUAAUGUACAGGCAUUAUACCGACCAGAUCUGGGCGGGUAUGUCAAUGAAUCAUUCACCAGCGAUGAGUCAUGGAUACAGCUUCAGUCAUAUGUUCCUCGGGAGAAUGGAACUAAUUUCUCUGGGGGUCUGAGGCCAGAACAUGCAACAUCAUUGAAUUCUAGAGUAGGUGCCUUGUCUCCAUCUUUGCCUACCAGUCCAGUUUCUCCAAGGUCUCCGCUGAGCGCCCAGAGUCCAUUUGGGUCACCCCAAGCCUCGCCACAGCUGUCACGUCGCUCACCCUCACCACGGAAGUUUGACAUCGGGUUUGCUUCGGCAGUG